ACGCUGCGGGUGCUGCUCAAAGACGCGCUGCUGGAGCCCGGCGCCGGCGUGCUCUCCAUCUACUACCUGGGGAAGAAGUUCAUAGGAGACCUGCAACCAGAUGGGAGGAUCGUCUGGCAAGAGACGGGGCAGGUAUUCAACUCGCCCAGUGCCUGGGCCACCCACUGCAAGAAGCUCGUGAACCCAGCCAAGAAGUCAGGCUGUGGCUGGGCCUCCGUCAAGUACAAGGGCCAGAAACUGGACAAGUACAAGGCUGCCUGGCUCCGGCGGCACCAGCUCCAUGUGCCUGCAGUGACAGCUGAAGAGAGUCCAGCCAGUGAAGGGGAGGAGGAGGAGCUGCUGAUGGAGGAGGAAGAGGAGGAGGUUCCGGCGGGGGUCUCGGCGGAGGAAAAGACCCGCAGAGCCUCAGGAAAAGGCCCCUCGGAGGCUGCCCACCAAGAUGCUACGCCCCCCGGGAAGUGUGUGGAGAACAAGAUCCGAGUGCCAGUUCGCUAUUGCAUGCUGGGCAGUCGGGACUCAGCAAGGAGCCCCCACACCCUGGUGGAAGUCACGUCAUUUGCAGCCAUUAAUAAGUUCCAGCCGUUCAACGUGGCCAUCUCCAGCAACGUGCUGUUCCUGCUGGAUUUCCAUAGCCACCUGACUCGGAGCGAGGUUGUGGGAUACCUGGGAGGCCGCUGGGACAUCAACAGCCAGAUGCUCACCGUGCUCCGAGCCUUCCCCUGCCGGAGCCGCCUAGGUGACGUGGACACCGCAGCCACAGUUGAGGAGGAGGUCUACCAGAGCCUGUUCCUGCGGGGCCUGUCCCUGGUGGGCUGGUACCACAGCCACCCGCAUAGCCCGGCGCUGCCCUCGCUGCAGGACAUCGACACACAGAUGGACUACCAGCUGCGCCUCCAGGGCUCCAGUAACGGCUUCCAGCCCUGCCUGGCGCUGCUCUGCUCACCCUACUACACUGGCAACCCGGGCCCUGAGUCCAAGAUCUUGCCCUUCUGGGUGAUGCCACCCCCAGAGAUGCUGCUGGUGGAGUUCUAUAAGGGCGCCCCAGACCUCGUGCGCUUCCAGGAGCCCUGGAGUCAGGAGCACACCUACCUGGACAAGCUGAAGAUGUCCCUGGCCAGCAGGACCCCCAAGGACCCAGGCCUGUGCCACGUACUGGAGCAGGUCUACGGUGUCCUCAAGCAGGCCAGCUGAAACUGCCA